GCUGGGCCGGCCCGGGGCCCGCGGAGCCGCCGCCAUGGGCGUGGACUUCGACGUGAAGACCUUCUGCCACAACCUGCGCGCCACCAAGCCGCCCUACGAGUGCCCGGUGGGCACCUGCCGCAAGAUCUACAAGAGCUACAGCGGGAUCGAGUACCACCUGUACCACUACGACCACGACAACCCGCCGCCGCCCCAGCAUGCCCCGCUGCGCAAGCACAAGAAGAAGGGACGCCAGGCGCGCGCCGCCAACAAGCAGUCGCCCAGCCCCUCCGAGACCUCGCAGUCGCCGGGCCGCGAGGUGAUGACCUACGCGCAGGCGCAGCGCAUGGUGGAGGUGGACCUGCACGGCCGCGUGCACCGCAUCAGCAUCUUCGACAACCUGGACGUGGUGUCGGAGGACGAGGAGGCGCCCGAGGAGGCGCCCGAGAGCGGCAGCAACAAGGAGAACGCGGAGGCGCCGGCCGCCGCGCCCAAGGCCGCCAAGCACAAGAACAAGGAGAAGCGCAAGGACUCCAACCACCACCACCACGGCGCCGCAGCCGGCACCACGCCCAAGCUGCCCGAGGCCGUGUACCGGGAGCUGGAGCAGGACACCCCCGACGCCCCGCCGCGCCCCACCUCCUACUACAGGUACAUUGAGAAGUCAGCCGAGGAGCUGGAUGAGGAGGUGGAGUAUGACAUGGAUGAGGAGGAUUACAUCUGGCUGGACAUCAUGAACGAGCGGCGGAAGACGGAGGGUGUGAGCCCCAUUCCCCAGGAGAUCUUUGAGUACCUGAUGGACCGGCUGGAGAAGGAGUCCUACUUUGAGAGCCACAACAAGGGGGACCCCAACGCACUAGUUGAUGAGGAUGCGGUCUGCUGUAUCUGCAAUGACGGGGAGUGUCAGAACAGCAACGUCAUCCUCUUCUGUGACAUGUGCAACCUGGCCGUUCACCAGGAGUGCUAUGGUGUGCCCUACAUCCCCGAGGGCCAGUGGCUGUGCAGGAGGUGCCUGCAGUCACCCUCCCGGGCUGUGGACUGUGCUCUGUGCCCCAACAAGGGCGGAGCUUUCAAACAGACGGACGAUGGGCGCUGGGCACACGUGGUCUGUGCGCUCUGGAUCCCAGAGGUGUGCUUUGCCAACACAGUGUUUCUAGAGCCCAUCGACAGCAUCGAGCACAUCCCCCCAGCCCGCUGGAAGCUGACCUGCUACAUCUGUAAGCAGCGUGGCUCUGGGGCCUGCAUCCAGUGUCACAAGGCCAACUGCUACACUGCCUUCCACGUGACCUGUGCCCAGCAGGCUGGACUGUACAUGAAGAUGGAACCUGUCCGCGAGAUGGGAGCAAACGGCACCUCCUUCAGUGUGCGCAAGACAGCCUACUGUGACAUCCACACGCCCCCGGGCUCCAUGCGACGGCUCCCUGCCCUCUCUCACAGUGAGGGGGAGGAGGAAGAUGAGGAGGAGGAAGAGGAGGGCAAAGGCUGGAGUUCGGAGAAGGUGAAGAAGGCAAAGGCCAAGUCCAGGAUCAAAAUGAAGAAGGCGAGGAAGAUCCUGGCUGAGAAGCGAGCAGCGGCACCAGUGGUUUCCGUGCCCUGCAUCCCCCCGCACAGGCUCAGUAAGAUCACCAACCGCUUAACCAUCCAGAGGAAGAGCCAGUUCAUGCAGAGGCUUCACAGCUACUGGACGCUGAAGAGGCAGUCCCGCAAUGGGGUCCCUCUGCUGCGCCGGCUCCAGACGCACUUGCAGUCUCAAAGGAACUGCGAUCAGCCUCUGCUGUUCCUGCAGAGAGACACUGAGGAUAAGAACUGGGCCCUCAAGGAACAGCUGAAAUCCUGGCAGCGCCUCCGCCAUGACCUGGAGCGCGCACGCCUGCUGGUGGAACUGAUCCGCAAGAGGGAGAAGCUCAAGAGAGAGACGAUCAAGGUCCAGCAGGUGGCACUGGAAAUGCAGCUGACCCCUUUCCUCAUCCUCCUCCGCAAGACUCUGGAGCAGCUGCAGGAGAAGGACACGGGCAACAUCUUCAGCGAGCCGGUCCCUCUGUCUGAGGUAACAGAACUCUACGAAGUCCCAGACUACCUGGACCACAUCAAGAAGCCAAUGGACUUCCAAACUAUGAAACAGAACCUGGAGGCAUAUCGCUAUCUGAACUUUGAUGAUUUCGAGGAGGACUUCAACCUCAUCAUCAAUAACUGCCUGAAGUACAAUGCCAAGGACACCAUCUUCUACCGGGCGGCCAUCCGGCUGCGAGAGCAGGGGGGCUCCGUGUUGCGCCAGGCUCGCCGCCAGGCAGACAAGAUGGGCAUUGACUUUGAGACAGGCAUGCACUUCCCUCACUGCUUGCCUGUGGAUGAUGCUCAGUGCCCAGGCAUCGAGGAUGAGGAUGCACGGCUGCUGCUGACAGAGAACCAGAAGCACCUGCCCUUGGAGGAGCAACUGAAGAUCUUGCUGGAGCGGCUGGAUGAGGUCAACACAGGGAAGCAGAGCAUUGGACGCUCCCGCCGGGCCAAGAUGAUCAAGAAAGAGAUCACCAUCCUGCGCCGGAAGCUUGCACACCCACGGGAGCUGGGCCGGGAGGUGCUGGAUAGGCAUGGGGGCUCUGCCAGGGGCAUCCUGCAGCCCCACAAUCCCUGUGAGAAGGACACACAGACCGACAGUGCAGCUGAGGAGAGCAGCAGCCAGGAAACUGGCAAAGGCCUGGGCCCUAACUCCUCCUCCACCCCAGCACAUGAAGUUGGCCGUAGAACCUCUGUCCUCUUCUCCAAGAAGAACCCCAAAACUGCAGGACCCCCAAAGCGGCCAGGGCGCCCUCCCAAGAAUCGGGAGAGCCAGCUGGUCCCUGGGCAUGGGAGCAGCCCCAUCGGCCCCCCGCAGCUUCCAAUAAUGGGAGGGUCACAGCGGCAGCGGAAGAGGGUAAGAAAGAGCCCACACCAGAGCUCCAGCUCGGACAGCGACAGUGAUAAAUCUGCUGAGGAGCCUCCCAUGGACCUGCCUGCCAAUGGCUUCAGCAGCGGAAACCAACCCGUGAAGAAGAGCUUCCUGGUGUACCGCAACGACUGCAACCUGCCCCGAAGCAGCUCCGACUCGGAAUCCAGCAGCAGCAGCAGCAGCAGCGCCGCCUCCGAUCGCACCAGCACCACACCCUCCAAGCAGGGCAGAGGGAAGCCCUCCUUCUCCCGCGUGAACUUCCCAGAGGACAGCAGCGAGGACACGUCUGGGACAGAGAAUGAGUCCUACUCCGUCGGCACCGGGCGAGGUGUUGGGCACAGCAUGGUGCGGAAGAGCAUUGGCCGUGGGGCAGGGUGGUUGUCAGAAGACGAGGACUCCUCUCUGGAUGCCCUGGACUUGGUGUGGGCCAAGUGCCGGGGAUACCCAUCAUACCCAGCGUUGAUUAUCGACCCCAAAAUGCCGCGGGAGGGCAUGUUCCACCAUGGCGUCCCUAUCCCCGUGCCGCCCCUGGAGGUGCUGAAGCUGGGCGAGCAGAUGACUCAGGAAGCACGGGAGCACCUCUACCUGGUCCUCUUCUUUGACAACAAGCGGACCUGGCAGUGGCUGCCCCGGACCAAGCUGGUGCCUCUCGGGGUGAACCAGGACCUGGACAAGGAGAAGAUGCUGGAGGGCCGCAAGUCAAACAUCCGCAAGUCGGUGCAGAUCGCCUACCACCGCGCCAUGCAGCACCGCAACAAGGUGCAGGGCGAGCAGAGCAGUGACUCCAGCGAGAGCGACUAGGCCCCGGCUGCUGCUCGAGCGCGGCCCGGCCCGGCCCGGCCCGGCCCGGCCGCGGCUCCCCCA